ACUCUUGUUGAGCUCAACGAUAUUCCUCGACAGCCUGUUCUAAGCUGUGGGCAGGUCCUCUCUGUAUCCUAUCACUUCGGUCGUUUGGUCGGUGGCUUCUGCUUGGCGGCGGUUAUUGAGGGACUAUGCAUUUCAAGAAACUCAAAGUUAGACCCAGGAAAAAUGUCCAAGCCAUUUACUGCGCAAAGGAGCUCUCAAAUAUGUUGAGUUGCUGGGCAGCCACCGAUGACCUUAAAAGCUCUGCUGCAUGUGCUCAAUCUGCAACCGCACUUUUUGAGUGCAUGCGUACUGCUCCUAUGCCGGCGAAGAAGCACAGACCAAGCAUCAAUUACCAUCUCGCCCGCUUGAACAAGUACCUCAAGUAGUCGGUGCAACCAUCCCGCUUUUGAUCGAGACGUAUCCACUGACCUUGGGUGGUUCGGCACCGAAUACCUGCGUAUUGGUAUCGGCAUGCGGAGUUGCGUUGUAUCAGAGCGACCGAGGAGUGUGGCUUAAGAGUUUCCAUACUGCUGCUUGAGCUUUGCAUGAUUGGACUCUUAACAUAGAUCGGGGCAGCUAGGACAAAGUAUAUUACAUUCUGGUGCAUAACAGAGGUUCUGCUAUCAAGUAAUUUCAUCAUGUACAUUCCCUGCUACCAGAACACUGACUCCUGCAUGACUUGGAUUGCGCUGCCGUUGG